UGGAUUAGUCACGCCCAGUUAAUUACAAAGAGAAGAGUCUUAAAAUGGCAUUUGAUUUGCACCCUAUUCUAAGCCCUGGACAGCCACCAACUCUAGGACUAUGGUAUGCAAUAUCACCAGAAGACUGUGGGGGGCCCUCACCGGCUGCAAAAGUCGGAGCAUGUGCAAAUUUCGAGCUAAUUGAGGGAGGGGCAGCUGGAGGAAGAGUAUUAUUGUCUGCUGGGGCCACUCCCGAAGGUCCCUAUUCUGACCUCCACCAGCUCAUCAUCAGGAAAGAUUGCUUGAAGUGGGAGGAGCUUCCUGGAGGAGAUCUCCCUGCUCGUUAUGAGCACACCUCCUUCCUGGUGGGUGGAGCCAGAGAAUCAACACUGUAUGUGUUUGCAGGAGCCAAUCAAAAUGGAUCUUUGUCUGAUAUGUGGAAACAUCAAAAAGAACAUUGGACUCUAGUGGAUACCAAUGGUCCAGUGCCAUCUCCUCGUACUCUCCACUCUAACAGCUGCUGCUGGAACAAGACGUUGAUUGUGUUUGGGGGAGGGGCAGCAGGGACCUCUCCAAUCAGUGACACAGCAAUACAUCUCUUCCAGCCAGACACUAACGAGUGGAGUUCUCCUUGCACGAGUGGGACUCCCCCCACCCCCAGGCAAGGGCACAUCUCUGUCGUGGUUGAGAAUAAACUGUUGGUUCACGGAGGAAUGGCUGGGCAAGACAUCCUUAGCGAUCUGCACAUCUUGGAUCUAGAUAAAUGGGCUUGGUCUUGUCCGAAGGUCAAAGGUGAUCCACCUCCACGCUUGGCCGCCCAUGGCUGUGCUGUGAUUGGUCGGAAGGUGUUUGUGUUUGGAGGUAUGAAUCCAACCACUGGAGCGUCUGAUCACCUCUACUGCCUGAACACUGACACUCUUGAGUGGAGAGGUGUGUCAGUGAAUGGCCCACCCCCACCUGCACGACUGGACCAUGCCAUGUGCUCUGUUCUAAUACCAGUUGCCUCAGGGGGCACAGCAGCAGUCGCCAGUACAGGUAAGCUAAAUUCCGCCACUAUGAAGGCAUCCCUUAACAAGACAGCUACAGCCACUCAUCCUACAACCAGCCAGCCCACUGCCAUCAACACUAUCACGCUUAUCAGCCCUGACAGUGUGGAAGAGAGAGACUUCUCGCUUGUAACUCAACCCAAACCACCUACCGUUAGUGAAUGUGGCACUGAUACUUCAAGCACUACUGACAAGUCUAUGGCUACAACUACUACUAAAGAUUCCACUGAUGCGAAUACACUAUCUGACACUCUUCGUAAGAGUAAAAUUGAUCCUCCUACUUCUGGGUCGCUACCACAAGAAAGUUUUGACUUGAUACGGAGCAGCUCUGUGGUUGAGAAUAAUGUGGAAUGGGUACCAGGACUGUUUGUGUUUGGGGGAAUGGACACUAGUGGGCAUAUCCAUGGAGACUGUUUUGUACUCUGUCCACAUAGAGAGUAGCAAACAGUGACCGUUAAACUGUUGUCAAUAUUAAUAUUGGAUUAUUGUAAUGAUUAUUAAAUGAAUUAGCACACUGUCCAUCUGUGAUGUGUGGUUUGAUAAUGAAGUAUUGAUGAA